GACGGCGCGGGCGGCGCCGAGCUCUUCAAGACCACCAACUUCACGAGCUUCAUCCGGCAGCUCAACCUCUACGGCUUCCGCAAGGUGGUGCCGGGCCCGGCAGGCGCGCCCGGCGGCGGCGGUGGUGGUGCCGCGGGCUCCCCGCUGCACCACUUCCACAGCCCGCACUUCCGCCGCGACCGGCCCGACCUCCUGGUGCACCUGAAGCGCCUCACGAGCGCCAACAAGGCCAAGCUGGCGGCGGGCCUCGAGGUGGCGAGCCGCCCGCCCAACCGCUUCCAGCGCCUGCUCAGCUCCUCGCUGCACGGCGAGCCGCCCGCGCACAGGCCGCACAAGGCCGGUGAGGCCCGCGCGCCGCCACCGUGGGGGCACGCUACCCGGCCAGGACCGUUGACUGCAGGACAGUUCCAUCGCUCCUACCGAGACAGUUUAUCCCCCUACUCCUACGUCUCGGCCRCGUCCCAGAGCCAGAGCACUUUGCCAUCCAAAGGUGCCGAUCGGACUCCCAUCCCUUCCAGGACGUGGCAGAACUCCCUCGGCUUGGUUCCGGGGCACAUGGAGGCUUCCCCCACCUUUUCGGACAAAGGGGUGGCCUUUCCUGUGCUCCAGAGGUUUCCAACCGAGGUCACGUACACGCUGCAGCCCAGUGCCUCCCCCAUGCACGUCCAGCAAGGGGCUCAAACGGUGGCCACGUCUCCCCCGAAGUACAGCAGCUACUCCUCGUCCGUGCAGUACUCGCAAGCCUACUACCCAACAGCUGUUCUGCAGUGCUGUUCAACCACCCACAUAGAUCCUCUGUCUGGCUGUGCUACUCCUACAGCCUCAGCCUACACCCACUGCAACUUUUUCCAGAAUCCUCCAAUGCAGUCAUCUUACACAGUUGAAUUUCUGCCCUCUACCUGGCCAUGUAGCACAGCUGAGGAAAACAAGAAGUCCGAAGUGAAUCUUGAAGCUGUGUUUCAGAUUGUUGAUGAAAUGCAUUCAUCCCCCAAAGUGGAAAUGGUAAAGGUGGAGCCUGUGGAGAGCCAGUGUUCAACCCCUCAAAGCAAAGGCCAACAGCUGCUGGUUAGUGCUGAGAACAGUGAAACACCUUCCUCAAGUGAGGCCAGUCGCCUGGAGCCUCUUACACCCGUGGCUUCAGACAUUACAUCGUUUGUGAUGGGAACAGAUUCUCUCCCUCAGCCUCCGGAUUUUCUCUACGCUAUCCAUACCCCUGAGUCUGUAGAAGGUGCUUCUGCUCAGAUAGUGCAAGAAUCCGUGACCGCCCAGGAGGCGCAUGGAAAACUGAGGGAGCAGCUGGAGCAUUCCCCAAAUCAGUCCUCGGAAAUCUUUGUUGAGGAAGAACAGCCGUUCAGCGCACAGCAGAUGGAUCCUAGUAUUAAGUGUCCACCCAGUCUGGCAGACACAGGCGUCUCUUCAGAACACUUAGGAGUCUUCACUUCAGGAGCUGGACCCGUGAACAAGUCCGUAAAAGACACAGUUUCUUCUGUACAAACUAGAGGCAGGGAGAGAAGAAGCAAUUCACAGAAGGGCAAGUCACCUGAUCUCCAUCUGCUGGUUGAUGUAGCUUGCAAGCAGGAGCACUUUCCAAAGGAAGAAAUAAGAGAGUGA